AUGGAGGCUGAUCGCUUCCGCCACCAGCGCCUCCCCAAGCCCGCCGUCCCCUCCCUCCCACCGCCUCCGCCCCCACCGACCAACAACUCCGCCCCCGCCGCCAAGCCCAGCCUCCUCGUCACGUGCACACUGCGCAAGCGCACCGCCCCGGAGAUCACCCCCACCGAGCGGUUGAUACAGGAGGAGCAGAAGAUUGCCGAGCCGCCGCUGCGUCUCCGCCGCAUGCCGCGCGAGAAGGCCGACGAGCUCCGCAGCAAGUGGCACAUCCUCGUCGAGGGCGAGGAGGUCCCGCCGCCCGCCCGUGACUUCUGCGACCUCCGGUUCCCCGAGCCCAUCUCCCGCAUGCUCCGGGAGAAGGGCAUCGUGCAGCCCACGCCCAUCCAAGUGCAGGGGCUCCCCGUCGCGCUCUCCGGGCGCGACAUGAUCGGCAUCGCCUUCACCGGCUCUGGGAAGACGCUGGUGUUCGUGCUGCCGCUCAUCAUGGUGGCGCUGCAGGAGGAGAUGCUGAUGCCAAUUGUGCCUGGGGAGGGGCCCUUCGGGAUGAUCAUCUGCCCAUCACGGGAGCUGGCCAAGCAGACAUAUGAUGUUAUCGAUAUGUUCCUCGCUCCCCUCAAGCAGGCUGGGUUCCCAGAAAUACGACCCUUGCUCUGCAUUGGGGGUGUAGACAUGAGGACGCAGCUCGACGUGGUGAGGAAGGGUGUGCAUAUUGUGGUCGCCACGCCUGGACGGCUCAAGGAUCUUCUCGCCAAAAAGAAGAUGAACCUUGACAAUUGCAGGUAUGUAACAUUAGAUGAAGCUGAUAGGCUUGUUGAUCUUGAGUUUGAGGAUGACAUUCGGGAGAUUCUUAACCAUUUCAAGGUAAAAGAUAAUUUCAAGGCACCAAGGCAAACCCUUCUUUUUUCUGCCACUAUGCCGAAGAAGAUUCAGAACUUUGCAAUGAGCGCCCUCGUGAAGCCAGUUGUUGUCAAUGUUGGAAGAGCUGGAGCAGCAAAUCUUGAUGUCAUUCAAGAAGUUGAGUAUGUCAAGGAAGAUGCCAGAAUUAUAUACCUCCUUGAGUGCCUUCAAAAGACUCCACCCCCAGCUAUUAUAUUUUGUGAAAACAAAGCUGAUGUUGGCUACAUCCAUGAGUAUCUUCUUCUAAAGGGUGUUGAAACAGUUGCAAUCCAUGGAGGAAAAGAUCAGGAGGAAAGACAGAGUGCGAUUGAGUUCUUCAAGAAUGGAAAGAAGGAUGUUUUGGUAGCUACUGAUGUUGCCUCAAAGGGUCUUGAUUUCCCUGAUAUCCAGCAUGUGAUUAACUACGAUAUGCCUGCCGAGAUAGAGAACUAUGUCCACAGGAUUGGUCGAACUGGCCGAUAUGGGAAAACUGGAAUAGCAACUACAUUCAUCAACAAGAACCAGACAGAGACUACGCUUCUUGACCUGAAGCAUCUGCUCAAGGAAGCGAAGCAAAGAAUACCACCAGUGCUCGCUGAGCUAGUUGACCCACUGGAGGAUGCUGAGGCUAUCGCAAAGGCGAGUGGUGUAAAGGGAUGUGCGUCAUGUGGUGGCCUUGGGCACCGUAUUGCUGACUGUCCUAAGCUGCGGUGA